CGGUCGAGCAACGAGUCAACGACAAGUUAUUUGACACACGAGCAUCUCUUACGAAGCAAUACCUUGUAUUCUAGAUUUGGUAAACCAUCGGACAAGAUGGUUUCAACAGUGCAAACAGUGCAGUCGAAAGGCAUCUUCCAUGGACUUCCCACCUUCCCAGAUACCCCCGAAUUCAAGGGUCUCACAGCCGUUGUCACGGGAGCCAAUGGUAUUUCCGGCUACCACAUGGUGAAAGUGCUUGUUCAGUCGCCUGAACGAUGGUCAAAAAUUUACUGUCUUUCACGCCGACCUCCACCUGACUACUUCUUCAAGGAGCUGGGUGAAGGUGCAGACCGAGUCGAGCAUGUCGAAGCCGACUUUUUGGCUGAUCCAGCUACCAUUGGAAAAGCCCUGGAAGGCAAGAUUCCUAAGGUCGACCAUGUCUUCUUCUUCUCGUAUAUGCAACCUGUUCAGAAGGGUGGUGUUCUAAACAUGUGGUCAGAUGCAGAGGAGCUGACCAGGGUUAACGGUGAUCUCCUUGAGAACUUCAUUGGGGGACUCAAGCAUGCCAAACUCCAGCCCAAGAGAUUUCUCUUGCAGACCGGUGCCAAACAGUACGGAUUCCACAUUGGUCCGGCCACCAGCCCUUCAUUUGAGUCCGACCCCAGAAUCACUACAGAGGCAAACUUCUACUACCGCCAAGAAGAUAUUCUUUCCGCCUAUUGCAAAGAAACUGGCGCCCAAUGGGGGGUUGUUCGUCCCUCGUACAUUAUCGGAGCAGUUCGCGACAACUUGCUCAACCAUAUGGUCGGUAUCGCCGCAUAUGCUUCGGUCCAAGCCUAUCUGAAAGAGCCUCUCAACUUUCCCGGCGACUAUGCUGCUUGGGAUCGGGAGUAUUGCCAGAGUACCGCUCUUCUGAAUGCCUAUCUCGAAGAGUGGAUAGUUCUGGACCCGCACACGGGCAACCAAGCAUUCAAUGCCCAGGAUGGUCUACCCUUCACAUGGGGCAGAUUCUGGCCUUAUUUGGCUGACUGGUAUGGCACCACCUGGAAUCCUCCCGAGGCAGACCCCUCGAAGUACAGGACAUUUGAGUCGAGAGCGGAGACGACUCCACGAGGGUACGGUCCCAAGGGAGUUACGAAGUCUUCGUUCAGCUUGUUGGAAUGGUCCGAGCAACCCAAAGUACAAGAGGCAUGGAAAGAGCUGACGAAGAAGCAUGGUUUGCUUUUUGAUCCAUUUGCCGACCGCACAAAGACCUUCAGCAUGACUGAUUCUGCAGUGAUUGGAGGCUGGGCACUGUCUCUUAGUAUGCGCAAGGCUGUAAAGCUGGGAUGGCAUGGCCAGGUCGACUCGUACGAGUCGGCUUUCCACACCUUGCAGGACUUUGCCAAAAUCAAGGUGGCUCCUCCGCCUGCAAAGGACCAUUUCACAGAGGUCAUCUAAAUUCAUAGCAAUAAAUUCAAUAACUAGCGG